AUAUCUUGGGUAUGAGUAAAAGAAAGAUGUCAAUUCCUGCAAGAACACUGAGAAAGAAACGUUUCCAAGCUGGGAAGGACCAGAAUACAGACACGAUGGAAAUAGAAUGCAACACUGCGACUGAAAGACAAGGCACAGAGGGAAUUGCCAUGGAACCUGGAGAGGAUGAAGAACCAGUAACCAUAAACCACAAUCUGGAAUGUAAAAAACAAAGAACCGAUCUGGAUGUAUCAGCAGUAGAGGAAAAAGGCAGAGUGAAUGGAUCUCAGGAAGGAGAACAGUUAUCAUUUCCACUUUCCCAGAAUUCAGCUGGAAGAUAUGUCCCCGUCUUUCCAAAGCCAAAAAAUCGACUUGCGCGCAGUGAUUCAUUGAAGAAUGUUCUGCAGAAGACAAGCAAAGAGAGCUCAAACAUCAGUAAAACGGAAGGAGAUGACAGAUCUCAUGGUGUGGUCCUCGAGGGUUCAGGAUUCAGUCUGGCUACUACCAAACACCAAGAGCAGACAUCGCAACAGCCUUCAGAACAGUUUGCCUCUGACGCAAGUCAGCUCGAUUCUAAAGUGUCAGGGAACAUGCAGCAGGAGAUUUUUACAGAUGACAACUGCAUUCAACAAGGAAGCAACAACUGUGUAUCACAUUCAACAAUGCAAGUGGGAACAGACUUUGUAGAUCAUUCCAUUGAAGGGCUAAUGUGCUACUCCAAUCCCAUAAAUCCUGAUGUUACUGAAGGAAAGAAUAACAGUAGCAAACUGGGCAGCCAUCAAUAUGAAAUGGAUGCACUUUGCAGCACUCCAAUCCCAGUAGCUCAUAGCACAGCAUUUGAGCCAUUAACUCAAACAGAGUGCAAAACACAGAACUUAAGCACCUCUAUCUCCGGGGGAGAGCCUAACAAUGAACUGUUGCACCAUUUUAGCCAGGAAACAAUUGAUAAAGUGCCAGUCACCCAUGAGGAAGUAGCAUCCCAAAAUAAACAAUCAAAGUGGGCUCUCGUAAUUAGUAAGAAUGCUGACAAAAAUGUUGAAAGCAGUGUGCUUGCCCCUGAAGAAUUAAAGGACAUUACUUGUAUAGAGGAGACUCGUCAUGUAGUAUGUGAAGUCUCAGAGGCUAACAAACAAGAACAAGAACUGCUUGUGCAAAUGAAUAUGACUGGUGACCUAAAGGGGACAAAAUGUUCACAGCCUGUUGGCCUUUCACUUGAUACUAAUGCUGAAAAUCAGCUGGAGACCUACAACACUAAUUCUCAGCCUAACAUAAUGGACAAGUGUCAAAUUAAUUCUCAGCCUGAUGUAAGGGAUAAAUGUGGGAAUGUAAAUGCGAAAAUGCCAGAGUCGCCCAACUCGGUGAGAAAUCGUCUCUUGAUGAACUUUGAAUCUCAAAAUGGCUCUAACAGCAACUGGUCUGACAUGAAUGUUCCAGCCCCCUCUAUGAUCGACCGUCUAAUUCUCCACAGAGACUCAGGCGGUCAAGAUGUUAAACUUCAAGAGCAGCUGAGCCAAUGCUUUUCAGAAGUUAAAAGGACGGAGAGUGUGUCUGAGAUGCAUCCCAGUGAUCAAGCAGAAACGGACAUAGCCGGAAGCCAUGAACAUCAGGAGAUCACCCAGAAUUCUUAUGAAACCAUUCAUGUUUGUGGAGAUAAUAUAGAGGGGUGUAAUUCCAUAAAUUGCCACAGUGCUGAUGAAGAAACAAAACUGCUAAUCCAGGAAGCAUUAAGUGAAAACCAUGACAGUGGUGCUAUAUCAACGGACACUGGAGACCAGAAGUGUGAUUCAUUUGGACAAGGCAGACCAGGAGAACGAUGUGUUGGAUCUAAUGAGUCAACCCUUUUUGGAACUCAGUUGGCCAACUCAGCACUCAUUUGUUCGGAGGCCGAUGUGUCCAAAAGCCCUGUGGCUUUUAAGGUGUGUGCGGAAAACAGCAAUGGUUCUGUGCGGGAUGUAGAUUUGGAAAGAGGAUCACAAAUCUCAGAGAAAACACUGCAAAAUAUAAAUAUCAACCUUUCGCAAACACCUGCCCAUCCUGCCAACAAUGAAGAAGUUAUUCCUGAUAUUGAAGUAAAUAGUUAUCAGAUACAUGUUAGUGAUAAAUGUAAUGGAAAAGGAACAGAGGAUGCAGGAGACCAGAUAAUCAAUAACAUGUCAUUGGCCACCACUAAAGAAGUCAUUUAUAAUAAAUUGUCAUCGCAGGCUAACCAGGGCUUCCAGAUUGGAUGCCACAUGAGUGCCAUCGAAGAUUCAGGUGCGGUAGAUUUAAACAGAAAGGAAAUUCAGCAGGAUGUCAGCAGUGAAACAAAGAACGAGGACGUUACAACAUCUUCGCAGAUAUCUGGCGAUGGAAUAGACGGUGAUGUUGGUUGUCCUCAAGAAGAAAAGAAACAGAAUCAAGAUGGAGGAAGCAUGGAGUGUGGGGGUGUGAACAGAGAUGAGAAUGAUAUUGCAGAAGAACACAGAGUCCAUCUUAAGGAGGAAGAUGUAGAUAAGUCUGAUAUGUUUAAUCAGACGUUUUUUUCUGUGGAAGAGAUGGAUUUGCAAGUGAGUUGUGACCUGGCAGCUGGAGACAAGAAUACGUUACCUAGAAGUGGUCAAAAUCUAACAACCAUUUCAGUAGCUUCCUCGCAACAUCAAGCUGAGGAUUUCACAGUAAGGCAUGAUGGAGACCUUUCAAUGACGUUACCAACUUCAAGUGUUGAAUCAGCAGCUGCUGCUUCAGUUCAUAAGAAAGCCAACACAGAAAGUAAUGAUAAUGUUGAAGAAUGUAAGGGCUACAGUUUGUCGAUGGCACAUGAGAGAUCCUCCACUAUGGCUCAGGAGAGGGUUAAUUCCCAACAUGUGACAGCAUCUUGGACUGUGAAACAAAAGGAUGAAAGUGAGCAAACUGCACACCACAGUACCAAUUGUGAGGUGAAUGAUUUUAUUAACAAUUAUUAAUAAUUUUCCUAUAUUAUACACCUUCAGCCAUAAUCCCUCAAAGUCCUCUGUGAAAAAGUAUGACAUUUUUCUGACACAAACCACAUGCAAAAAUACAGCUAUUGAUUGGAUCCAUCUCCAUAUCUUCAAAUCAAUGAAGCUUAAU